GACCAAUGGAGUGAUGUCGAGUUUUGUUUUUGUUUCCCUUGAUAUUCUAGCUGCUGUCUCUACAUUCGCUGGGACAUUCUUGAGUCUAUUUCACUUGUCCUUUCAUGCUGUUCUUUUUGUCGUUCCCUGGUUUCUCUCAGAGAUCAGGUUCCAGAUGGCUCAGCAGUGCUUCCAAAAUGAAUAUUUUGACAGUUUGCUGCAUGUUUGCAAACCUUGUCACCUUCGAUGUUCCACCCCUCCUGUACCAUGUCAGCGUUAUUGUAAUACAAGUAUGACCAAUUCAGUGAAAGGAACAAAUGCCAUUCUCUGGACCUGUUUGGGCCUGAGUUUGACAGUUUCUUUGGCAGUUUUCAUGCUGAUGUUCUUGCUAAGGAAGAUGAGCUCUGAACCACUGAAGGAUGAAUUUAAAAACACAGGCUCCGUUCUGCUGGAUGUGGCUAAUGCUGACCUGGACAAAAGCAGGACUAGGGAGGACACGAUCCUUCCAAGAAGCCUGGGGUACACGGUAGAAGAAUGUACCUGCCAAGACUGUGUCAAGAGCAAACCCAAGGUCGAUUCUGACCACGUCUUUCCACUCCCAGCCAUGGAGGAGGGUGCCACCAUUCUUGUCACCACCAAAACUAACGACUAUUGCAAGAGCCUGCCAGCUGCUUCAGGUGUCACAGGGACAGAAAGGUCAACUUCUACUAGAUAAUUAACCCUUCGACUGGUGUAGAGCUACUCUGAAAAUCAUUGGUCAGAAGAUGAUGCUUUGGGUCUCUUUGGGGUGACUGUCAGUUGCUGAUACAGUUGCUUUUUAUCUUCUAGUUCUGAAAACUGUUAGAUUUAUUUCCCUAAUUCAUCGUUGGGAGCUCAACUGUGGAAACUUUCUUGGUUUAAUGAUUAAAUUCUUAACUCAAUGAAAAAAAAAGUA